AUGUCUGAUUUCGCUGAUAGAACUUACCCAAAGAAACUUGUCCUCUUCGACGUGGACGGCACCCUGACGCCAGCUAGACUGGAGAUCUCUUCGGAGAUGGACCAGCUGCUCAAGGACCUCAGAAAGAAGGUGGUCAUUGGUUUUGUCGGUGGUUCCGACCUGAGCAAGCAAGUCGAGCAACUUGGCGACGAUGUUUUGGAGAAGUUUGACUUCUGCUUCUCGGAGAACGGUUUGACCGCUUACAAGCUUGGCAACAAGCUUGCAUCGCAGUCUUUCAUUGAAUGGAUCGGCGAGGCCAAGUACAACGAAUUGGUCAAGUUCAUCCUCAGAUACUUUGCCGAUCUCGAUCUUCCAUUCAGACGUGGAACUUUCAUUGAGUUCAGAAACGGAAUGAUCAAUGUUUCUCCAGUUGGUAGAAAUGCCUCUACUGAGGAGAGAAACAUCUACGAGAAGUUUGACCUUGAGCACAAGGUCAGAGCCAAGAUGGUCGAGGCCCUCAAGGCCGAGUUCUCAGACUUGGCAUUGACCUACUCCAUUGGUGGUCAGAUUUCUUUUGACGUAUUCCCAACUGGUUGGGAUAAGACCUACUGUUUGCAACACGUUGAGAAGGAAGGUUUCGAAGAGAUUCAUUUCUUCGGUGACAAGUCCUACAAGGGUGGUAACGACUACGAGAUCUACGAGGAUUCCAGAACCAUUGGCCAUGCCGUCAACUCUCCAGAUGACACCGCUAAGAUCCUGAAGGAAUUGUUUGACCUUUAA